GCGCGAAGUCAGUUAGCGCUUUUGUGUGGUGAGCGAGGAUGUUGCAAGCGGCUUCCCGUGUGACCCGCGCUGUCCGCGGCACUGGCGCCCGUGCCUUCUCCGCUAAGGGUGCGUACACCAUCGUGGACCAUGAAUUCGACGCUGUUGUUGUCGGUGCCGGUGGUGCUGGUCUUCGCGCUGCCAUGGGCUGCGCUGAAGCAGGUUUCAAGACGGCUUGCAUCACCAAGUUGUUUCCCACGCGCAGUCACACCGUUGCUGCCCAAGGUGGUAUCAACGCCGCUUUGGCCAACAUGACCGAAGACGACUGGAGAUGGCACAUGUACGACACCGUCAAGGGGUCCGAUUGGUUGGGUGAUCAAGACGCCAUUCAUUACAUGUGCAAGGAAGCUCCACGUGCCGUGUUGGAACUCGAAGCGUACGGCUUGCCGUUCUCCCGCACGGACGAAGGCAAGAUCUACCAGCGCGCGUUCGGUGGUCAAUCCUUGCAGUACGGCAAGGGUGGCCAAGCGUACCGCUGUGCGUGCGCCGCCGAUCGUACUGGCCAUGCCAUGUUGCACACUUUGUACGGCCGCUCGUUGGCGUUCGACACGGAGUACUUCAUCGAGUACUUUGCGUUGGACUUGAUCAUGAACGACCAAGGCGAAUGCUGCGGUGUCAUUGCCCUCAACAUGGAAGACGGUACAAUCCAUCGCUUCCACACCAACAACACGGUGUUGGCUACUGGUGGGUACGGCCGCGCGUACUUCAGCUGCACUUCUGCCCACACGUGCACCGGUGACGGAACCGGCAUGGCGCUUCGCGCCGGCAUUCCUCUUCAAGAUCCUGAAUUCGUGCAAUUCCACCCUACCGGGAUCUACGGUGCUGGCUGCUUGAUCACGGAAGGCAGUCGCGGUGAAGGCGGCAUCUUGCGUAACUCGGAAGGCGAACGCUUCAUGGAACGUUAUGCCCCUUCGGCCAAGGACUUGGCUUCUCGUGACGUCGUGUCCCGCGCGAUGACGAUGGAAAUCCGCGAAGGCCGCGGUGUGGGCAAGGAAAAAGAUCAUAUUUACCUGCACUUGGACCACUUGCCGCCUGAGUUGUUGGCCGAACGUCUCCCUGGUAUCUCGGAGACCGCCGCCAUCUUUGCCGGCGUCGAUGUGACCAAGGAACCCAUCCCCGUGCUCCCGACCGUCCAUUACAACAUGGGCGGGAUCCCCACGAAUCAUUACGGCGAAGUCGUUAUGCCGGACACCUCUGGCCUUCCCGACGUGAACAAGACUUACCCGGACAAGGUCAUCAAGGGUCUGUUUGCCGCCGGUGAAGCUGCGUCGGCGUCGGUCCACGGCGCCAACCGCCUCGGUGCCAAUUCGCUGCUCGACAUUGUCGUAUUCGGCCGUGCCGCUGCUCUCCGCAUCGCCGAAAUCUCCAAGCCCGGCGAGGCCAAGCGUCCUCUCCCCCGCAACGCUGGCGAGCAAUCGCUGCACAUGGUCGACUCGAUCCGAUACGCCAACGGCGCGAUCCCGACUGCCGAACUUCGCUUGGAAAUGCAAAAGACGAUGCAGAGCGACGCCGCCGUGUACCGCACGCAAGAAACUCUGGCGGAAGGUGUUCAAAAGAUUGACGCAAUCACGCCAAAGUUCAAGGACAUCCGCGUGACUGACCGUUCGUUGAUCUGGAACACCGACUUGAUCGAGACGAUCGAGCUCAAGAACUUGCUCGCAUGCGCGUCGGCCACGAUGCACGGUGCCGAAGCGCGCAAGGAAUCGCGCGGCGCCCAUGCCCGCGAAGACUUCAGCGCCCGUGACGACGUCAACUGGAUGAAGCACACAUUGGCAUACCAUGACGACGAAUCGACCAAAACCCACAUUGCGUACCGACCGGUGCAUUACCACACACUGGACGAAGACGAAUGCAAGACGGUGGCCCCCGUCGCCCGCGUGUAUUAAAGCCCCCGAUUCGCCCGGUGUUGGCGAGAAGAAUGACAUGCGCAUGAAUUUUUCAAAACCCUCGUGUUUGUCUAGACGGGAAAGUGGGAUGGAACCACGAACAGCGAGGGAGCAAGGACGGUGGCUUCGACGGUCGAUGAUGGCCUCUGGCAUGGCUAGGUCAUGGAUGAUGGACGCGAGCUCCACUGCCGCUGACAGCACCAUGUCUAGUUUUGUCGUCCUGGCGAUGGAAUGCAUCGUGGGUGUUAAAGGCACUUGCUUCGUUCCUGCCAAUCUCGAGAACGGAGCGUGUGGUGUUUGCGAAUUUUCAUACAUAUUUAACAAUUGCCACCAUGCAUAUAAGGAUAAAAGGGCAGUCGGUAUCGUGAGAAUCGACAAAGCAAGAUCCAUUCAAGUCAUGUCAACGUCGGCAGGAGGACUAUUGCUGCCAUUGAGCCGAAAGCUGGCGGCCGUCGGCGACAUUGGAGUGGUGCCCGUUCCGUUUCGUUGCGGCGACGUUUCUGGCGACGAUGGGACGCGGGAAGCGCCGCAUUUGGGGCAUUUCCGCGAGGCGUCGCAUUUGAUUUCGUCGCAAUCGAUCUGUUUCACAAAGGUCGCGUGGAGUCGGCGCAGGAUAUGGACCAGCGCGGCGGCGUCCGUUGCAGUUAGCCCAUCCACGUCGACCUUGCCAGUGUCGGCGUAUCGCUGCACCCGAGACAGGAACGUUGUCGAGUCUGCGUGGAUCUCUGUCUGGGAUAAUUGGAUCUCCGAAUGAUGUGUGGCUAGGACAGCGACUUGCUCUGGAAGCGGCAGUUGGAUCGAUAGCGUCGCACCUCCGUCGGUCAUAGGCGCGGUCGACGUCGAGGACGAAAAUGGGGUGGAGGUCAUGUCGCCAACUGUUGACAUUUUUGUUAUAGACGACGAUGACGACGACAUUUGUAUGAUAUCAUG